CGAAAAGAGUAGUAAGAGACAAAUAAGAACACUCUCUUUGCCACAGCAGGUUUGAAUAAAGCUUAACCGACAAUAGUCUUAAACCUGGAGCCAAACAAGUCUUUGGCUCUUGCCUUGUUCAGCUGAGUCUGAGAAGAAGAAGAAGCCAGACUUUCUCAGAUUUUCCAUCCUCGUGCAGAUUUUUCCCGGAAAGUAAUCACAAUCGGCGCCGGAGGAGGAAGAGAUUGUUCAGUCGUUGUCUUGUACCAUGGCCAUGUAUAUUCGUGUGAAGCGCAUGAAAGCCACUUACUUUAUCCAAUGCGAUCCCACAGAGACUGUUUUGGAUGUUAAGCAGAAACUCUUUACCCUCAUCGAGCAACCAGUCAGCAAUCAGCGUCUCAUCUUAAUGUCUACUGAAGAAGUAUUAGAGGAUUCCAAAUCUCUAGCAGAGCAGAAGGUUGAGAACGAUGCCGUCGUGGCUCUGACUUUGAGGAAAGACGAUGACGACUUUGAGGAUGUUGACAUUGCACAGCCCACCGACUUUUCUGUUGCAUGAAGAAUUAUAACUGGGGCUGGCUGUAUCAGGAGAACCUUUGCUUCAACAGGAGUAGGAAUCUAUAAACGCUUUAAGUUAUAUCUUUCUCUCUCUGCUUGUAUCAGACAAUUGUUGUAAGUAAAGAUAUUGAGACGUGGAAGUGUGAUUUGCAAUUUGCAAGAUUAUAAGUUGUCAUGAAGUCUUUUUAUGUCA